UUAUUAUCAUGACGUAUUAUUUGCAUCCAUCCAUUUAUACUACUACUACUACUACUCAUAAUGACAAGAUGAAAGCUACAGACGGAGUGUUUCCAUACAUUCAACAAAAAAUUGACUGCUCACCAUAACAAAUCAUGACAAUAAAUCAAGGACACAUUGUGUCAUCAUCAUAUUCAACAUAUUCGUCGCCAUGGAUGAUGAUAUCAUCCUACAUGAAUGCCAUCAUAUUUAUUAGUAGUCUCAUUAGUAGUAUAUAUUAUCCAAUUGUGUCAGCGACAUCGAUUUGUUUAAGUCCAGAACAAUUGAUUGCUUUAUCCAAUUCUAAAAAUACUUAUCGUUUUGAAGCAGAAAUUAUUCAAUUGGAUAAACCAUCAAUUACGAAUGUACUAGACGAUGACAAUGCUGGUUUAAAUGCAUUUGUUAAAAUUACGCGGAUUUUAAAACAACCACAGAUUGGAAAUUCUUCUACUACUGCUCAACUUCAACUCAAUGAAUUGGUGCAUGUGAAUCAAAUCAGAUCAAAAGAUUAUUCACAUGAUCCAACUAUGAAGAAUGAGGCAGGCAACGCCAAUAAUGAUAAUAAUGAUGACCAAUGUUUACCGCAAUUAGAAAGAGGUAAAACCUAUGAAUGGAUUACUUAUGUACCAGAAAAUAUCAAUGAAUUAUCGCCCGAUGAACAAAAACAAUUAAUAUUAAUGCCUGGUGGAAUUUUCCCACUCGUCGUAUCACAGCAACCAACAAUGCAACUGACAUCAAAUAGUAAUUCUAAUUUGAAUAAAAAUGGUUGCGCCAAACGUGAAUGCCGUUUUGGUGCAAUUUGUGAAGAAUGGUUUUCAAAAGAUUCAGAUCAAUUCAUUGGUGUUUGUGUAUGUCCAACAUUAAUGGAUAUGGCUAGAAAUCAUAUGUGUAAUAUGAAUAGUGGUACAAUAUGUACAAUCAAUGGUUUAUUUUAUUUAAAUGAAUGUGUUAUGUUACAUCAAGCUUGUUUAAAACAAACUGAAUUGAAAAGAAUGAAUUUAAAUGUUUUCAGUAGAAUAUUAUCUCAAAGUGAUUGUAGUCAGUUAAUUGAAAAAACAUCUUCAGCUGCUGCUGCUGCUUCUAUUCCUGCUACCGCGUCCAAUGAUCAACUUCCUACAAACAAUAUCAAUAAACAAUUUACAUCGAACAGAAAUCCCUCUAGUUCUAUUCAAAUCCGUAAAAAUUCUCAUCACCCAAAAACUGAUGAAAAUCCACAACAUGAUUCACCUCAAUCAAAUCAUUUAACUUCAUUAGAAUUAAUGAAUCCGAUUCAAACUAAUCCGUAUAAAAAAUGUCCAAUAAAAAUUUGUUCAAAUGAAUUAAAUUCAAUUUGUGAUUUAGACGGUACAGUGUAUCAGAAUGAAUGUUUUUUGAAAAAAUAUACAUGUCAAAAAUUUGGCAGUGAUAAAUUGCCACGAAUUAUUCCAUGUAAUUCUACACUUCAAAAAUACAAACCGAAAGCUGAAUUAUGCGGAAAUGGUAAUCUAUGUUUGUAUGGUGGUAAAUGUUACGAUCCACUGGAACAUUAUUAUAGCGCCAAAAAUAAUCCCAUGAAAAGAAUUCCAUCACAAUUUUCCAAUUGUAUAUGUGAACAAAUUAAUUGUUUAAAUGAAUGGCCUGAUCCAGUUUGUGCAGAUGACGGUGAGACGUAUACAAAUCAAUGUUUUUUAAAACGUGCAAUCUGUGAAACUCAAUCAAUGAAACGUUUACUUUAUCGAGGCAAUUGUGGUAAGAAUUUAGAGUGA